AACGGUGUCUCAGUUGCACAAAAUCCGUUUACUUCUAAAGUCAAUUUUAAGACACAAUAGCGUAAAGAUAUUUCAAGUAGAUCAAAGAAGUUGAACAAUAGUUACCACUGUAGUUACUUUUCUUAAGAAAAUGGCAAGUUUCAAGAUAGUGUCCCUGGCUUUGCUCGCGUCUUUUGUUUUCUUGGCGAUGACAACCAACGCAGAAGAUUUGCAAGUCGGCAGUACCGUGAACGGCAUUUUGGCUUAUUCGGAGGAUGUCGAGCUGUCCUCCUGGCCGCUGAAGGUUAGGACCAAGAACGUGUUUUAUAAUGACGACAAGAAUAGGACGCUAAAGGGCAUCUCAGCGAUAGAUAAGGAUAAGAGUGAGGCGCGGGUGACAGUCACUUCGGGCGGCGUUGGAUUCACGUUCGCCAACGUUUUGAUCAAGAGCCAGAAGGGGGAUGGACUUAAUUACCAAGUGCAGUUCUUUGUUUAACGGAACUUAUAUAUGUACCUUGCAGUGGAGGCCGGUGAAAAUUUCUGCUAGGCAACACCAAAGAAAAAAGAAACCUACCUUAACAUUAUGUACUUUACUAGUAAUCAAUUUUAGGCACGCCGGUGGGAAUCGACUUGUAUGGACUGCUGGUACCUAGUAUACCUACCUACUUUAACAUAUGUUUUACUAAGAAACAGAAAACACCAGAUUAUAGUCAAGCCAACAAAAGUAUCUUCGUUUGGUGAAUA